AUGAAGUUCACCGAAGAUGAAACUUUAAAACUUAUAGAGCUGUAUGGCGAAUACCAGUGUUUAUGGAAUUUAGGUAGUGUACACUACAGAAACAAAAGUAUGAGGCAAGCUGCUGAGGAUGAAAUCGUCGAAAGAACGGCAAAGGAGGGCUUUGGAGUUUCUUGGGUACGACAUCGAGACAUCCAUCUGUUAACAGUUGGAAGGUACACUUAUACAUCCGAUCAACGAUUCGAAGCCGUUCAUACACCCCAUACAGAAGAGUGGACGCUUAGGAUACGGUAUCCCCAGAAGAAAGACACGGGGAUUUACGAAUGCCAAAUAAGUACGACGCCACCUAUCGGCCAGUUUGUCUUUCUAACUAUUGUUGAACCGAUAACGAAAAUUCUCGGCAGUCCCGAACUGUUCAUCAACAUGGGUUCGACGAUCAACUUGACGUGCAUCGUACAAUACGCGCCCGAGCCCCCGCCAAAUAUAGUAUGGUCUCAGAAUUCUGAGGUGAUCAAUUUCGAUUCGCCCAGGGGAGGUAUCAGUCUGGUCACGGAGAAGGGAUUUAUAACGACGAGUCGUUUGCUGAUCCAGAAAGCGGGACAAAGCGAUUCUGGCCUUUACACAUGCACCCCGUCCAACGCUAAUACUGCCAGUGUCCGUGUUCAUAUUCUAAAUGGUGAACAUCCCGCAGCAAUGCACCAUGGACACGGAUCCUUGACAAGCCUUUCUCACGUCACUUUCUUCUUUAGUCUUAUAUUACUAAUAAUCCUUCGUCCUCCUACGUAGCAAAAUUCUACCUUUCCAUAGGCUAAUCCUCGGUUAAAAAUUAUAAUACCCACGAUGUAACUGCUUUAUCUAAAAAAAUGUACAUAUGGUCAAAAAAUCAAAUUUGGGCUUAAUACAGGGAAUAAAUAUAUCAAUAAAUAUAAAACAUAAAUGGGGAAACUAAAUACGAUACAAAUUCAAGGUUGUAUCUUUAAAUCCAAUUCAGAAUCCAUUUAAAAAUUGAAGGUGUACGAGAAGUUGUGACGAAAGCUUUUGGAUCUUCUAGGUAUGCCUGUAAUUCAUCUGUGCCCACCUGUGCCCAUCGGUUAGUUUUAUGUGGAGUGCCAUAAUCUUUGCUGGGCGUAGCCUAUUUUCCUAAUGAAUAAAGGUUUUGCGGGUAUACUCCAAGACCUGUUCAGAUUAGGUUAACCUGUUAGGUUCAGACUGUUCAGAAAAUUGAAUACUUUGGGUACAGCUGUUUCAUUUUACAACGUGCGCCAUCUCCAGGUGGCAUUGAAGUUGUCAGCUGAAAGUUGUUCUUCCGCUGGUAUUACUGAGUUUCUGUAUUUAAUUCGUUCUUCAGUAAUUGGGAGUUAUGGAUCAUUAUUAGUUUUUGAAUAUUCUUUAAUUAAACCUUUUUUUCUUUGUAGACCAGCCGUUGUUAUAUUGCUGAGCUAUAUAUAAAGCAGACCUAACGAGACAAAAAUGGUCAUAGAAGUAAGACAGUAAGGCUCACUGAGAUUCUAUAUAAGGAUAAUUUCAAUACUAGGAUAUUCCUAGGUCAUCAGAUCAGCUAAACUUUCUUCUAUCGGUGUCAGAUAUAUCGUAUAGAUGUAUACAAGUUAAGAAACAUUGAAGCGUGGAAUGUCACUUAUGGUAGUCCAUUAUUUAAUAUCCUCUAAUACAAUGUACGUAACUCCACAGAGCCCCUCUCUUAACCUUUUAUUGAGUACUUCUCCGCACUCAACAAAUCAAUUGUAAUGGGUGUUAUUACAUAUAAACACACCAAAUCUGGUGACUCCUUCACAAUUUUAAGUGCCAGGUGGCAAGUGGAAGGUCUCAUUUCUUCUAGACCUGACUAUUUAAAGAAUAACCUACAAUGAGAUAUUUUGUAAUCACGUUGGAAUGGCUAUCAAUGGCCAUAUCCUAUCCACAAAAAGUAUUAUGGACAGUUGCUCCUCCUAGUUAAAAUCAGAACUAUUGACAAAAAACAAAGGAUACUCUAGUACUAUAGCAGAGAGUACAAAAGAGCAAUUGGGAACUUUUCAAAGUUUUUCCUUCCAGGUUCAGGCAAUCUCGCGUUAGCCAAUCUAGUAUCUCAAAAAUCGAAGCCUUCUACGAGAAGUUUUAAAACUAUGAAUCUCAAACACAGAAUAUAAUAUUUAUACAGAGAGGGGCUAAAUUAUGGAAUAAAUUCAUUUUCUAUUAAAUGGAUGACUUUUUAGAGAAAUCCGAAAACAGGUCGUUGUUUAUUUUUAAAUUACAAUUUUUUGGCGUCAUCUACAUUUAUUUUAUACUAGGGACGUCAUCCAUCUGAGC